AUGCUAGGGUUAACAUGGAGUGCCGUCACGCUGAUAUACCUGCUUGAUUGCCACGGCUCAUGUGCCUGGAAUGUGUCGCUAAAAUGCAAGGAGGACACAACCGCAUUCCUUAUGGAAUUACAGAAAGAGACCCCAAGCAAAUACGCAGUCUUGAUGUACGAUGCAUUUGGUAAGGUUGGCAGUGAUGUUGAAGGAGAGAAUGUGAACAGACCUGGAUCUCUGAGAGAGUUUCUGCCCGUGGAGGGUCCGGAGUUCAGGGGACAGUACUGCCAGGUGUUCCUCAAACAGGACAGGGUGGAGUACUUUGUGGGUGUUUGUGUUCCAGACUCUUGUACAGAAUCAGAAGUCCAGCCGCUAGUCUUUUAUGGUUUUGUGAGAUUCACCCAUGUCAGGAUUGCCAGUUGUUCCCAGGUCAUAAACAUCACCUCUUUGCUUAUUUCCAGAAACAAAAGCGUGCUUGACGUCGUGUCGGUUGUUCUCCUAAUGAUCUCCAGUAUAACAGGAGCCCUGAUCACCAGUUUUCUGCAUCUCCCUGUGCACCAGCCAACCACUCUGGCAUACAAAAGCUAUUUUCAGUAUUACUACAACAAACCCUACACAAGAUAUGGGCCAUAUCUACUGGGGAUUCUUGCCGGAAUAUAUAUGACAACCAAGAAAGAGACACUUAUAAAGCAACAGUGGCAGGCAGUCAUAGGUUGGCUCUGCUCGCUGUCAGUCAUGGCCCUCUUAGUUGGAUUGGUCUAUGUACUGAGAGAUGUCCCGCCCUAUCUGUCCCUUCCUCAUGCUGUUUAUCAGGGGACGCACUGCUCACUUUGGGCCCUGGCUUUGGUUUGGAUCAUCCUGGCCUGUGAGGAAGGAUACGGAGGUUUUGUGGAUAGAAUUCUGUCUCUAGGCCUUUGGGCUCCUUUGUCUAACAUCAGCUUUGCCUGUUAUCUGAUCCACCCCAUCAUUAUUAUACUGUACAACGGCAAACAAGAGACAACCAUGCACGACACAGACUUCAACUUUAUUGCUGUUUAUGAACAGUGUUAG